AUGGCGGUCAAAGGAUUAGGGCAAUUGGAUCAGCAGUAUGAUGGAACUUCUAUUAGAGUGGGUAUAAUUCAUGCCCGCUGGAAUAAGGUUGUAAUUGAUGCACUUGUCAAUGGUGCAAUUAACAGGCUAAAAUCUCUGGGAGUGAAGGAGGAAAACAUUAUCAUAGAGACCGUUCCUGGUUCAUAUGAAUUACCUUGGGGAACAAAGAGAUUCAUCGAUAGUCAGGCUUCGAAGAACGCUCCCCUUGAUGUUGUAAUUCCCAUCGGAGUGUUGAUCAAGGGCAGCACGAUGCACUUCGAGUAUAUUUCCGACUCUGUGACAAAAGCUUUGAUGAGCUUACAAGAAAAGGUCGGAAUCCCAGUCAUCUUUGGUCUAUUGACUUGUUUGACAGAGCAGCAGGCAAUGGCUAGAGCGGGUAUUGAUGAAUCGAAAUCAAUGCAUAAUCAUGGAGAAGACUGGGGUGCCGCUGCCGUUGAAAUGGCUAUUAAGUUUGGCCCACGAGCCUUUUAA